UGAAAGUAGAGUUUGCUGUGGGGAGUUACAAUGAAACUCUGAAGACAUAUUUCUCCAUAUUUGUUCUCAUCCAUCAGACUACAGAAUAGUCGAGGACACUGUCGAAAACUAACAUGACCAAUAUAUCAAUAAUAUUGCAAUCCUUUCUUGCCUUUAGUUACGUUAUGCACGUCUAUGGAGCAAGUUGUCCAGUUCUGGAGUGCUGGUUUGUCCAGGAGAAACCAGGUGGGGGUUUCCAUGCUGCUAUGAGCCAGGAUAAGUCACUACUUUACAUCAAUACAGACCUAGACAGUGAAGAAACCAGGUUUAAGCAGGGACCAUCUACAGACCAUGAUAGAGUCUACUACGUCACUGACCCAGCAGCUACCCUCUGCAGUUCUUCUCUGCACCCAUCAGAAGGCCCAGUCCAGAAGUCACUGUGUGAGAUCAACCCCUUCAUGCCCCAGCCAUCCACUGUCCAAUGGACAGUCCCACUCAUGGACUCUGCCCACAGUCCGAUCUACCUGCAAGCCGACUGGUACACUGCUGCCUUGCAGGGCUUUGACAGACAGCUGCGCCUCUCCAAUGUCAUGCGUGCUCCCACGGCAACCAAGGAACCCAAGGUGGUGCUCAGUGUGUCCAGUAGAACCUUCAUGAUCCGUUCCAGACUCAGGGAACCAGUUGUUCUAGACUGUGGGUUCUGGGUGGAUGCCUCUUCUCCUCUCUCUGGCUCUGGCUUCGCCGUGGAGUGGCGCUACCAGUUCAGGGGCGAUGGCCGUCUGGUCCUGGCCUACGACGGCAAGAGUGACCGAUUUGCAGAGACCCAGGAAGAGGGAGUGGGGCUAGACGUCACGGCUCUGCACGAGACAGGAGAUGCAUCACUGAUCCUGCAGGAAGCUCAAGUGCGCCACUCAGGAACCUACAUCUGCACGGUGUACUUGCCCUAUCUCUUGGCUCAGGUGGCAGUGGAGCUGGAGAUUGUAGAGCCUCCUUUCCUCUCCAUCUUCCCCUCCCCGCUCCCUCUCUCCAUGCCCGGCCAGGUGGUGACGGUGCAGUGCGAGGCGUCAGGAUUCUACCCCCUCUCCCUGGAGUUCCGCUGGAUGUUAACAGGGCCGGACGGUAAGGUCAGGCCCCUGGGUCAGGGCAGCGUGACAGGCCACAGACAGGGUCCAGACAGCACCUUCAGCCAGACCAGCCGUGUGGAGUUGGACUCAGCCAAGCUGGACCUGGGCGGGGAGGUCACCUGUGUGGCCGCCCACCAUGGAGGCACCCGGCGGGCCAGCGUCACCCUCAAUAUCGCUGGUGUCAGUGCUCCCUCCAUUGAGGACUAUAUGGCGAUGGUUGCUGUGGCCCUGGGGAUCUAUGGUUUGAUCCAGGUCGUCUCCUGGACUUUUAGCUCUGGGUCCGAUGUUGCUAACACACAAGAAAAGGUAAUUACGCUUUAAUAAAUGUUGUCAGACAUAUUUUGUAGUUACAUGUAACUACUAUGUACCGUGCCUUUUGGAAAGUAUUCAGACCCCUUGCCUUUUUCCACAUUUUGUUACGUU